AUGGUCAACAACCUGCUCCGGCCGCUGGUGGAGGCUAAAGACUGCCAGCUCAUCCGGCAGAAUGUGUUCCACGCUCUGCCCAACACGGCAAACACGCUAAUCGGCCGCGCCGCGCACAUCGCUGUGCUGGACUCGGAGCUCUUCCUGGAGAAAAUAAGCCGCUCCAACCCCAUUCCCUGUCACCUCUGCUGCGUCACGCCGGUCAACAGCAGCAGCAGCAGUGUCUGGGAUUGA